AUGUGGUCACUUAUCAAGCCGGAUCAUGUGGCUGGGAUCGCCAUUGUUGUGUGUUCCCUACUCGGUGUGGUCGCGAAUGGGGCGGUUGUUUUCUGGAUCUCGAGAUUGGCUUCAAUGCAGAAUGCUUUUGGACGUCUCACGAGAAACCAGGCGACCGCCGAUCUUUUGCACGCCUGUAGCUUUUGCUUCUACUUUGGUCCAAUGUUGAUUUUUGACAUUCAAACAUGGAAAUCGGAAGAAGUUUCGAGUUGGUUCGGUCACUUUCAGCUGAUUUUCUACGAUGCUUGCAACGCUAGUCAUCUGUUUGUGUCAAUUAACCGAGUUGUCGCGAUCUUUGUGCCCAUUCUUUACAACCGUUUAUUCUCCAACCAAAAUGUCACACUUAUGCACAUGUUCUGCUGGUUUACAGCGAUUGUGCCAAGCAUUUGGGCGUAUCGAAUCGCUGAUUGCCGCUUUUAUUACUACGAUGCGAUUUGGACGUACACUUUUGCCAGCAAUCCCGAGUGUAUGGUCAUUUCCUGGUAUUACGACUUUAUCAAGAGCAUCACGACGAUCAUCAUCAUCGUGAUUCUCGACUUUAUCACCUUCACAAAGUGUCGGAUUCAUGGGCAGCAUCUAAUCGCUUCGCUCAGUGAUGCGAGAUCGAGACAAAGGAAGCGCGAAGAAAUUGUGUUUGUUUGGCAGGCCAGUCUUCAAGGUUUCAUUUUCAUUCUCGAGCUGAUCACCUUUUUCGUUUUCCCACCAUUGGUCGACAAUAGGGGAUUCAAGUUCACUUGCACCACAAUUGCCUGGAUUUUAGUGCACAGCUUCGAUGGGGUAAUUGCUGUUUGUUUCAACAGAGAGUUCCGACGACUCAUGACUAGCAAUAUCUAUGAUUCGAGCCACCAUCCGACCGUCAAGACCGAAAGCUCGGGAGGACACAAUACGUCUGGAAAGCAACAAAUCUAUAGCACUGAUGCU